GUUCGAGUCGUCCACGCAAAGUCGUAGUGCUCCCGCAGGUCCUGAGCCGUCCGAUCCAGAUCCCACGCUCUUUCUCCCGUCCCCCCCCCCCCCCCCCCCCCAUCCCCGCCCCGCCGUGGUCCUCCUCCGCCUCCUCCCCGGCCCACGACCGACCAGUCGACCGCCAUCAAUCUCUUCCCAUCCCCACCUCCACCUCCACCUCGGUGCUUCUCUCCCCGUCAUGCAGACCUAGGUCUAGGUGCUAAGGCUACCGCUAGCGCUAGGUCUAAGCUUCUCCCUCCGUCUCCGCCACCAUGGCCGUCGACGCCGCCACCGCGCCCUCCGAGCUCGGCAGCAGCAUCCGCGGCGAGGGGGAGGUCGCAGCCAAGCCGCGCCCCUCCGCGGCUGCACCGGCGGCGCAGGAGAGCCUCGCGGAGCUGGACCGGAGGUACGCUCCGUACGCGCGGCGGGACGCGUACGGCCCGAUGGGCCGCGGCCCCCUCGGGGCGGCGGAGGCGGCGCGGACGGCCGUGGCCGCGGCCGUGCUCCUCCCGCUCCGGGUCGUGGCCGGCGUGCUCGUGCUCGUCGCCUACUACCUCGUGUGCCGCGUGUGCACGCUGUGGGUGGAGGAGGAGCGGGCGGGGGGCGAGGGCGAGGGGUACGCGCGGCUCCAGGGAUGGAGGCGGGCGUGCGUCGUGCGGUGCGGCCGCGCUCUCUCACGUGCCAUGCUCUUCGUCUUUGGCUUCUACUGGAUCCGCGAGCACGACCGCCGCUUCCGUGAUGCCGAGGGCAAGGAUCUGGGCCAGUCUGAAUUACUAGAAAGACCAGGGGCAAUUGUAUCUAAUCAUGUAUCAUAUGUGGAUAUUCUUUAUCACAUGUCAUCUUCUCUUCCAAGUUUUGUUGCUAAGAGAUCAGUGGCCAGAUUGCCCCUAGUUGGCCUCAUAAGCAAAUGCAUUGGUUGUAUUUUUGUUCAGCGGGAGUCUAAAACUUCGGAUUUCAAAGGUGUUUCAGGUGCUGUAACUGAAAGAAUCCAGCGAGCUCAUCAACAAAAAAAUUCUCCGAUGAUGUUGCUCUUUCCUGAGGGCACAACUACAAACGGGGAUUAUCUUCUUCCAUUCAAGACAGGAGCCUUUCUCGCAAGAGCACCAGUACAACCAGUCAUUUUAAGAUACCCUUACAAGAGAUUCAGUCCAGCAUGGGACUCCAUGGAUGGGGCACGCCAUGUAUUUCUGCUCCUUUGUCAAUUUGUGAAUCAUCUAGAGGUUGUGCAUUUGCCUGUGUACUAUCCUUCUGAGCAAGAAAAAGAUGAUCCCAAGCUCUACGCAGACAAUGUACGGAAAUUGAUGGCAGUGGAGGGGAGUUUGAUUCUCUCAGAUCUUGGGUUAGCGGAGAAGAGAGUGUACCAUGCAGCCCUGAAUGGUAAUAGCCUGCCCCGUGCCUUACACCAGAAAGGUGAUUGAAAUGUAUCGCCGAUGCGAUUCGUGUACUGACAGUUGAGUGACUUGCUUGUAACAAUAAAUAAAAGGUGGGUGUGUUACAUGGAAUCCUCGGGAGCAUUGUGAAUAUACCCUGCUAUUUCACUGUAGAAAACAAUCAACUAACUGUUGUGAUUCAGUAAACAUCAGCAACAAAUUUACACGA